AUGUCGUCGGCCGGAAACUCUGGCAGCGGAGAAAUGGCCGAAAAUUCACCUCAGAAUUACUACUGCUACGGAUGUGAGAGCACUGUCAGCUUAACACCAUUGCCAAAUUCUGAACUCUCAUGCCCUAAUUGCAAUGGUACAUUUUUAGAAGAAUCCCAAACCGUCCCUCCUCCAGAUCCUGUUACCGGCGAAAAUCCCUUCGGAGACGACUCAUCGUUCACCUUCCCCACCGAUUCCGGUAACGGAGGCGGCGAUGAACUUCCUGCACUCUUCGAUGGUGGCGCCCUUUUCGGCCAAUCACCUGUUGAACUAGACCCUGUUACGUUCAUCAAUAGCUAUUUAAGGGAUGGUGAUGCUACUAUUCAAUUGCUGGUUGAAAACAAUCUUAUCCGCGGUGGUGGAAGUGAGAAUGGGUUACCGGAGAACUUUGGUGACUAUUUUGUGGGGCCGGAUCUCGAGCAGCUGAUCCAUCAACUUGCUGAGAGUGACUUGAACAUGUUUGGUACACCACCUGCUGCAAAAUCGGCUGUUUCGGGCCUUCCUGAUGUUAAGGUGAGUGAUGAGCUGUUGAAUUCGGAUUUAUCCCAAUGUGCUGUUUGUAAAGAUGGUUUUAAGCUGGAUGAAUUGGUGAAGCAAAUGCCUUGCAAGCAUAUGUACCAUGACGGCUGUUUAUUACCUUGGUUAGAAAUGCGUAAUUCGUGCCCUGUAUGUCGGUUUGAGUUGCCAACUGAUGAUUCUGAUUAUGAGAAUAUGAGAAGUAACAAUGACAACAAUGGUGGUUUGUUUUCUCUGGGUUCAGAAGGUGGAGGAAAUCAGGGGAAUGCUAGAACAGUGGAUAGCAAUGGUGGUUUGUUUUCUCUGGGUUCAGAAGGUGGAGAAAAUCAGGGGAAUGCUAGAACAGUGGAGAGCAAUGCUGGUCUGUUUUCUCUGGGUUCAGAAGGUGGAGGAAAUCAGGGGAAUCGUAGAACAGUGGAGAGCUAUGCUGGUUUGUUUUCUCUGGGUGCAGAAGGUGGAGGAAAUCAGGGUAAUCCUAGAACAGUGGAGAGAAGGGUUAGGAUUUCAUUACCAGGGCUGUUAAGGGGGCUGCAAUCGCAUGCUGAGACGAGCAACAGUACUGGAGGUGGGGGAAGCAAUGAUGGAGUGAAUAAUGAUGGUAACAGUAGUGGUAGCGGUGAUACUCAUGGGGAGCCGAAUCCAUGUCCGCGAGGACAAGGACAAGCAAACCAAGAGGAUCUUGAUUAA